UGGAAGCUUAUUAACAGAUAUUUCUAUCCAAGAAUGAAUCUGCAAAUGUAAGGUUCUCCUUCACUACUCAUAAUAUCUUAUCUCCCCAAUUAAUUUCUUCAUUUUUUUUUCCAACUAAUUAUAACACUUGAAAAAUCAUUCAAGAGCGCCAAAACAUUUCUCCAUGGCUUCCACGGCUUCGAACAUUUCCUCCAACUCCAAAAUCAUCUCAUCAUUUCUAAGUUCAAAACGAUUGAAUCCAAACAACAGCUUCAUCGCAUUGCCAACAUUUUCUUCAAAUAAAUUUGCAGUGCGAGUGGAAUCUAAGUCCGCCACUGCGAGGUACAGUGAAGUGGUGGUGGAUGAGGAGAUCGACAAGAUCAGGCGGCUGCAGAACGGGUCGGACGUGCGCGGCGUGGCGGUGGAAGGCGAGAAAGGGAGGCAGGUGAACCUGACGCCGCCGGCCGUGGAGGCGAUAGCGGAGAGCUUCGGGGAGUGGGUUAGGAAUGGGUUGGAGAGGGAAGGAGAAGCGGUUAGGGUGUCGCUGGGGAAGGACCCCAGGAUUUCCGGCGGGGUUCUCAGCGUGGCGGUGUUUGCCGGCCUGGAGCGGGCCGGCUGCGUCGGUUACGACAUGGGACUCGCCACCACGCCGGCUUGCUUCAUGAGCACACAGCUGCCUCCAUUUUUAUUUGAUGCUUCUAUAAUGAUGACAGCGUCGCACUUGCCCUAUACUCGCAACGGGUUGAAAUUUUUCACGAAAAAAGGAGGGUUGACGUCAUCAGAGGUGGAGGAGAUUUGUGAGAAAGCUGGCCGGAAAUACGCGAACCGCCAAAUGAAAGUGUCGACGGCGCUUAGAGUUCCGCCGACAAAAGUGGAUUUGAUGAGCGCCUACUCUAACCAUCUCAGAGAUAUUAUCAAGCAAAGAGUCAAUCAUCCAUACCAUUAUGAUUUUCCUCUCCAAGGAUUUCAGAUAAUCGUGAACGCCGGAAACGGCUCCGGCGGGUUCUUCACAUGGGAUGUGCUCGACAAGCUCGGCGCCGACACGUUCGGAUCCCUCCACCUCAACCCCGACGGCAUGUUCCCGAACCACAUCCCCAACCCCGAGGACAAGACCGCCAUGGCCUUAACACGCGCCGCCGUCCUCCAAACCAAGGCCGAUCUCGGGAUCGUGUUCGACACGGACGUCGAUCGCAGCGGCGUCGUCGAUAAGGACGGCAACCCCAUCAACGGCGACAAGCUCAUCGCCCUCAUGUCCGCCAUCGUCUUGAAGGAGCAUCCGGGCACCACCGUCGUCACCGACGCGCGCACCAGCUUGGCCCUCACGCGCUUCAUCACCGAUAGAGGCGGCCGCCACUGCCUGUACAGAGUCGGCUAUCGGAAUGUCAUCGACAAAGGAGCUCAGCUGAACCGAGACGGCGUCGAAGCGCACUUGAUGAUGGAGACCUCUGGACAUGGCGCCUUGAAGGAGAACUAUUUUCUUGAUGAUGGGGCGUAUAUGGUAGUGAAGAUAAUCAUUGAGAUGGUGAGGAUGAAGCUGCAAGGAUCGGAGGAAGGCAUCGGGAGUUUGAUCAAAGAUCUUGAGGAGCCGUUGGAGUCGGUGGAGUUAAGGAUGGAUGUGUUGUCCGAACCUAGGUUUGCCAAGGCCAAAGCAGUGGAGAUCAUCGAGCAAUUCAGGAAUUACAUCGAGGAGGAGAGAUUGGAAGGUUGGGAGCUGGAUUCAUGUGGCGAUUGUUGGGUAAGUGAUGGGUGUCUUGUGGACUCCAAUGACGCUGCAUUUGCUAUUGACGCCCAUAUGUACAGGGCUAAAGUGUCAAGUGGUGAUGAGGGAGAAUAUGGGUGGAUACACGUGCGGCAGAGCAUUCAUAACCCAAACAUAGCUGUUAAUCUACAAUCGACAAUUCGAGGAGGGUGUCAAUCCAUGACCACAACUCUUAGGGACAAGUUCCUUGUAGCCAGUGGCUUGGAUAAAUUCCUUGAUAUUUCACAGAUAGACAAAUUCGCCACCAAAGGGGAAUUGUAACUUUAAUUUAAUUUUUUUUUUUGAGGAAAACUUUAAUUUCAAAUGUUAGCAUAAAGAAAAAUGUGUACAUAUAUAUGUUUGUGUGAAUAUUGAUUUAUAAAAAUUUUGUGACCUUGAAGAUCAUAGUAA